CGGUCCAGUGUUCCACAACGGGGUCAAAAUCCACACUGCUCCUCUUGAAGUCCAGGUUCAUCUAUAGGCUGGAAUCUCCUUUCCAACACGCUGGCUUAGGUCAUGAGGAAAUGUUGAUAUUGUUGGUUACCCUCUUCAGUGCGUUCUGUGGUGCCUCUGCUGGAUUACUGCAGGAAAAAGCUUGUUAUGGCAGUGAGGUAAAGCUUCCUGAUAACAUUAAUCCACUUCUUAACAAAGGGCUGCUGUAUUUUACUCCAAGUAAUGGAGGCGAGAGGAAAAUAUUGAUCGAGGACAGGAAGGCAAAGGACCCACGACUCAAAGUUUCCCUUAUUUCAGUUCGUCUUACAGAUUUAACUAAAAAGGAUGAAGGUGUUUAUGCGGUGUUACUUAACGGUAAAGAUAUUCUGGAUGUGCUCCAAUUGAAAGUACUAGAUUGUGCCCAAAAGAUCUCUAGGUUUUACAUGCAGGAUUUGGAGUAUACUAUUUCUGAAAAGGCUCAGUACCUGGAGUACAGUGCACCUGACAACCAAAAUGUAACAUUAACUCUGUGGAACAGAACAGACACUCUAAAUAUCGAUGACAGAAGAGGAAAUGUUGAACGCAAUGUUUGGAGAAUCCCUCGCGUCACUCAAGCAGACAACGGCUACUACAACUUCAGGCGACGAGACAGGAGUCUGGAUUCAAGGAUACUUCUCACGGUAAACGAGAACACCUAUUACUAUGACCCAAAAGUGAAUGAGCGUCUCUUGAUUACAAAUCCUUGGACUGGUGAGCCGUGGACUGUGAUGUUUAAACAAGACACAGAAGAUGAAAAAAUGAUAGUGAUGAAAGAUGGGCGGUUGUAUCGGGAUUAUAACCAGUUCACUGGGAGAAUUGAUGUUUUAAGUAAUGGCAUUGAAAUAGACUCUGUAAAAACUCUGGAUUCUGGUACCUUUGAGUUCAGAGACAAACAAGGCAACCUGGCCUUUUCUGCCAAGGUGGAGGUCAUCCACGCAUCUCAUCACGCAAUCACAUAUAUGGUUGUUGGUGCCGUGGCUCUCCUUUUGUGGAUAUGUUGCUGGUAUUGUUGCUAUUGUAGAAAGAGGUGCUGUAAGAAGGACAAAUCUGCUGCUGGAGCUACAGAAGGACCUGCUGUUACAUAUCAUGACAAGUCUGAUCCGACUGCUCCGGGACCUGUCGUGUAUUUUCAUGAGACAAAUGAGCCAACAGGACCAAGUUACUCAAAUCAACCAUAUCCCUCAGUUUACCCCCCUCAGCCAGUAAAUUCACCUGCUUUUACAGAACCGACUGCUGUUGCCAUUGAACCACCGCCGUCGCAGCCAAAUACCACUUUGUAUCCCCCACAGCUUACCAAUGUAAACCCUCCACAGCCUGAAUUCAGUCUGUAUCCUCCCCUUUCUGAGAUUGGACCUUCAACAUCUCAGGGAUUUGCAGCAGCUCCCACCUUCAGCUCAGAAGUUUACUCCUCAGAUGCUGAGCCGAGAUUUCAGCUGAAAGGAGUGGCUUUUCCUUCAGCUCCCCCUCUCAGUUCAGAUGCACCUACCAGUGCCGUUUACUACUCGGAUAAACUAAACUUUCUAGGAACAACCUGCUGAAUGCUGUGGCGACGGAGCUGUUUCAGUCUUUACUGGACUUUGUGACCUUUGCAAUACACAUUAACAAUAUUUCUCUACAGGCCUUAAGAACCCAGGUACCAUGCUGCCUAUAGGGAACAAGACAUAAAUCGCACAUAUUCAGGCUUAUAAGUAUUUUAUUAUCGUUGAAACACAAGGAUGCACUGAGACCAAAUUCUGUAUACUUCUAGUUAUUUGUGGUGGUGAUCUCAUGAGAAAAGGCCAAAGAAUAAAACAAUCUGUAAACUGGUGCUUUUUGAAUACAAAAUCUGAUUCUGUGCGAACACAAUGACUCUCUACAAUGAGGCCAGCCAGGAGAUACAGCAUUAGAAUCAGUUCUUUUGCAAACUGGCAUACAAAGUCAGAGAAAAUGUCAAAACAUGGAGGUUUUUUUAGUAGAUUAGAAAACAGCCUCUAGCACAGUUUGUUAUUUUUUAUCGGGAAAAGCAGGGUAAAAAGGUUGUUAAUCAUUAAUAUAAUCCAUGCAUGGGAUAUGGAGUAAUGACGAAAAUUAAAUCUGGGAGGCUCACCCACUCCUCCAGCUUCAUCCAAUGGCUUCUCUGUGUGUCUCCGCGCCAACCAAUCAGCAUCAAGUCUGCAGUAAUCCUCAGCCAAUGAUCCUUCAAGGCUCCGCAUUUAAAGCCUCCCAUUCAUGGAUCUCCCAGCUGUCAGCCGAGCUUCGACCCUCCUCCACCCCAUCGCCUGAAUCGGAUUCUCAGUUCCAUUACCAUCAGGCUUCCUCUCCAUCACCAGUACCAGAUCCGGGGGAAGACAAUUCUAUUUCUAAGACGUUCAUCAAGUUCAUGCAUUAUCAGCAUUCAUGUCUUCUUCUGGGAUCUGAGCGCCAAACAAAUAAACCUCCAUCGUGUAACUUC